AUGUGUAUCUACAGGUGUAGGUUUGGCGACAAUUGCCAUAUCAAUGAAACCACACGAAGACUAUGCAACAAAUGUCGGCUCAAAAAGUGUUUCGCUGUCGGCAUGAAAAAGGAAUGGAUACUCAAUGACGAGCAGAAAAAGAUGAGAAAUUAUCGGAUUGAAGAGAAUCGGAAACGAAAGCAAAGACGGAACGACAAUUAA